CUUCGUAAGUGUUACGGUAUAAUUUGUAAAGCACCAAGAGUGCAAUCAUGAAGGUGCCGCAGUGCUUAGACACAAACUUCUUCGAGACAGUCAUUCACAAUGGCUUCAAUUUAACCAACUUCCAAAUAUCUAAAGUGCAAAUUGAAAUUGGGACAUCAGCUGGUGAUAACUACUGCAGUACGAUAUAUCGAGUGUUUUUAGAUGUGACUGAUACUGAGAAAAAUGUGCAAAAACUGCAAGUUCUCGUUAAGCAUUUGCUUAAUUCCGAAACUGGUGGAAGUAUCAUGGAGUUCAUGAACGUUUUUGACAAAGAGAUUGAUAUGUUCAAAAAUAUCCUACCUAUGUUAACUAAAAUCUCAGGCGGGAUACAAUUUGGUGCAAGAUUCUACCAUUCCGUGUCCGAGCCUCAAUCGAAGUUAAUUGUCGUACAAGACCUCAAGGAGAUGCAAUACCGAAUGGCUGAGAGGAAAGAAGCUCUAGAUUUCGAUCAUUGCUGCAUUGCUCUCAAGAAACUCGGCCAAAUGCACGCAUCUUCAGUGAUCUUAGCCAAAGAAAAUCCAUCACUCAUGAAUAAAUAUUCCUUCGGCAUUCUUCACGGUUCAGAAAACAAUCCAGGACUUAUGCAACAGUGA